GUUACCAAAAAGAGUUUUAUUAGUAAAGGUUAGUUUCGUAAUUUAAUAAGCCCUAAACCCUUAAAAGGGUUAAUAGAUGCAUUGAAGUGACAUACCGACGAUUUCUCGAUCAAAAGUUUCGAUUUUUAGCAAGCAGCGAUGGCGAAGAGUGUGAUCUCAAUGGACCAGCUGAAAGCUUUGUGGCACUCUGAGGUCCACGAUGAACGAAAGUGGGCUGCUAACAUGAAACUUGUAAGAGCACUUGGGGUGUUUGCAGGAGGAAUCUUCCUCAUGCGCAACUUUGGUGAUCUCAUGGCUGUCUGAAGAAGAAACCUGAUUACUAUGGAGGAGAGCAUCUCUUAGUUUUUCACUGUCUCAGUUUUUUGUAUUUUUUUUCAAUGUCUCUCUAUAGAAUAAGGAAUGGUUUUAGUUUCUGAUUUCACCAGUGUGAUAUCAAAAUAUCUCAGUUGAAGUUUUGUUAUUGUUUUCAGUGACUGUGAUUCUUAUGUUAUGCUAAAGAGUUUACUUUUCAUGCA